UGAUUUCGAGAUGAAAACUUUAACAUAACAUAACCUCAUAAAAACUGAACCUCUGCCUCUUCAGUGUUUACAGUAUUUUGUUUUUGAUAAGUUGAAGAUGGCUCCUGUAAUGCAACGCGUUGUCAAACCAACCACAAGACGAGGUAAAAGAAUUUUACAAAAUAAGCAGCCAAAACUGAUAGAAAAUGUGAAGCAGACGUUGUUUAUAAAGGGAAAAAGUACAAGUGACAUAGCUCGUAAUUGUUUAAAAGACCUGCAUAUUCUAAAGAAACCAGAAGCUGUUCAGCUGAAUCAGAAAAAUGACAUUCUUCCAUUUGAAGACGUGACGCCGAUUGAAAGAUUUGGGAAGAAGCAUGACGCCUCGCUAUUUGCGUUUGCAUCACAUAAUAAGAAGAGACCGAAUAAUAUUGUUCUAGGUAAGUGGUUACUUAUCGAUGGAAAUAGGAAAUGCGACAAUUUUUUCAGAAUCUUGUUGAAAAAGUCUGGCAAAAAAGCGCCUCGCGUCGAAUUGGAAGAAAUUGGACCAUCGAUUGAUUUCAAAUUGAGGAGAACCAAACUGGCCUCUGAUGACCUAUUCAACAGGUCAUGCAAACAGCCCAAGCAAGUCAAGCCGCAUAAGACAAAGAACAUAAACUACGACAAAUUUGGUACGAGAAUGGGCAGGAUUCACAUUACAAAACAGGAUGUCAAUAAAUUACAAACUAGAAAGAUGAAGGGUCUCAAGAAGACGGUUGCAGAAAAGAAACAGCAACGUGAGCAGCGAGUGAAAAGUAAAGGCUCUCCAAUUGUAAAAACGUAAAAUAAAUGUUCUGUAAAUUCAG